AAAAAUGUUUUCUUUUAUCAUAUUAAUAGAAAUGGUUGCCGUUUUUAAAUUUUAUUUUUGUUAUUAAUGAGGUUUUUUUGACAAAUACAAAUAAUAAGUAUUAGUUAUAGACUGGAUUUUUAUUUCAUCAAAUAACUGUGACAAGGUGCAUCCACACUCUCUGGGACUUUGAAUCAAUAAAAGACGAUAGUAUUGAUAAGGAGACAACAUUCGGAAGGUUGAGGUCUCUGUUCGCUCAUCCACUUGUUGAGCGCUCAACAGGUCACUGGUGCUCCGCUCUAUUUAAAGAGACAACAACAUGGCUCCGGGACUGGUCAGACGGGAAUCGGCGGACACGGAGAUGCACAAGUCCGAGGACAAGAAGACGAGCUUCGUGUACACCAAGAAGAGGGGCUUCGAUGUCACCAGAAACUCUCACCUCAAUAAAGGAAUGGCCUUCUCCUUGGAGGAGCGUCUGCAGCUGGGCAUCCACGGUUUGCUUCCUCCCUGCUUCAUCAGCCAGGAUGUACAGCUGCUUCGGGUGCUCAAGAACUACGACAUGAAGAAAGACGAUCUGGACAGAUACGUGUAUCUGAUGGCGCUCCAAGAUCGCAACGAGAAGCUCUUCUAUCGUGUGCUGUUGUCCGACAUCGAGAGGUUCAUGCCAAUCAUUUACACUCCCACUGUUGGACUCGCCUGCCAGCUCUACAGCACGAUAUUUAGAAGACCAAGGGGUCUGUUUAUCACCAUUCAUGACCGAGGCCACAUCGCCUCCAUUCUGCAGAACUGGCCAGAGAAGGACAUCCGGGCGGUGUGUGUGACUGAUGGAGAGAGGAUCCUGGGUCUGGGAGACCUGGGCUGCAAUGGCAUGGGGAUUCCAGUGGGCAAGCUGGCCCUGUACACCGCCUGUGGAGGGAUGCCACCUCAGCAGUGCCUCCCUGUCACUCUUGAUGUGGGCACGGAUAAUGAGGCGCUGCUGAAGGAUCCUCUCUACAUCGGUCUGAGAUGCAAGCGAGUGCGAGGCCAGGCCUACGACGACCUGCUGGAUGAAUUUAUGACCGCUGUGUCCGACAGGUAUGGAAUGAACUGCCUGAUUCAGUUUGAAGACUUCGCAAAUGUUAACGCUUUCCGUCUCCUGAGCAAGUACCGCAAUAAAUACUGCACUUUCAACGACGAUAUCCAAGGCACUGCAGCAGUGGCCGUCGCUGGACUCCUGGCAGCUCUCCGCAUCACCAAGAGCAAAAUGUGUGACCACACCAUUGUGUUCCAAGGAGCAGGCGAGGCUGCCAUGGGAAUCGCUGAGUUGAUCUCAAUGGCCAUGGAGAAGGAGGGACUCGCCAAGGAGGAGUCCUUGAAGAAGAUCUGGAUGGUUGAUUCCAAAGGCCUUAUUGUCAAGGGCCGUGACCACCUGACCCAUGAGAAGGAACGCUUUGCUCAUGAGCACGCGCAGAUGAACAAGCUGGAGGAUGUUGUCCGGGAACUGAAGCCUACGGCCAUCAUUGGUGUGGCUGCAGUCGCCGGAGCCUUCUCCGAGCAGAUCAUCAAAGACAUGGCGUCCUUCAACGAGAGGCCAAUCAUCUUCGCCCUCAGCAACCCGACCAGCAAAGCGGAAUGCACAGCUGAGCAGUGCUACACUAUCACUGAGGGGCGGGGCAUCUUCGCCAGUGGCAGCCCGUUUGACCCUGUGACCCUGCAUGACGGACGGACCUUUUAUCCGGGUCAGGGGAACAACUCCUAUAUCUUCCCUGGCGUGGGCCUGGGGGUCACGGCUUGUGCUGCGCGUCACAUCCCCGAAGACAUCUUCCUCACUGCUGCAGAGGCUCUGGCUCACCUGGUGACCGAGAAGGACCUGGCUGAAGGGCGACUCUACCCCCCUCUCACCAGCAUCAGGGAGGUGUCGGUCAAGCUGGCUGUUAAAAUCGUGGAGUACGCCUACGAGCACAAGCUGGCGACCCUUCACCCCGAGCCGGCCGACAAAGACGCGUAUGUGCGCUCGCUCAUCUAUACUCCCGACUAUGACGAGUUUGCGGUGGACUCGUAUCGCUGGCCAGAGGACGCCAUGACCGUCCAGUCCUGCAAACUGUAACGCUAAAGAAACCGCUGACAGGCUUCGUACUAACCACUGGAAAAUCAAGGACAUCCGAGAGUUGCUGUGGAGAUUUGAAUUUACUCAGAGCGCUGCAUUCUAUAGCCAUAUUGAUUAGUGACAUGUAACUGUGACGUGCGGAUCACUCUUUAUAUUUUUGCACUGUAAUGACUCUACAAGUACUGUAAGAAAACAAGAGAAUGAUUUGCUGUUUGUGCCCUUCAUGAAUAUUAUGUAAUAAAAAGUUUUGAUUUC